GAAAAGUCCUCUACAAUGGCUGCGCUGAAGGAAAAGAGAACCUGUGGCCAAAGGUGUGAAGAUUUUGGCCAUUUUGUUUGGAAUUCUGAUGAAGGGAAAUUUAUGGGUAGAACACCAGAAAAAUGGGUGUACAUCAGCUUGUAUUACGUAGCAUUCUACGUGGUGAUGACAGCCUUGUUUUCUCUGGCCAUCUACGUACUCAUGUACACACUGAACCCGUACACCCCGGACUACCAGGAUCGAUUAAAAUCGCCAGGCGUAAUGGCUUGGCCGGACACGUACAACGAUGAAGUGCUGGAGAUCAACUACAACAUGUCGGAUAAGAAAAACUGGAUGAAGAUGUCCAAUAUUCUUAAGGACUUCCUUGAACCGUACAAUGAUACCAAACAGACACACUGCAAUAAUUACAACUGUAGUACUGGCAAGUAUUUCAUCCAAAAUACGUUCAACGCUCCGAAACAUACAAAGUGGUCCUGUCCUUUCUACCAAAGCACACUGGGUAACUGCUCCGGUAUUAGUGACCCCACGUUCGGGUACAACACUGCCCAGCCAUGUGUGAUCAUCAAGAUGAACAGGAUCAUCCAUUUCCUGCCCAACAACGGAACAGGAAGUGCACCAUACGUGAACUGCACGGUGCUGGAGGGUCAAGAUAACGUUCGCGGCUAUGAGUACUACCCCGUUAAUGGAAGCUUCGACCUCUCGUAUUUCCCGUACUACGGCAGGCUGGCCCAGCCAACCUACGUGAAUCCGCUGGUGGCUGUGAAAUUUGAUCUUGUUAACCAGAGGCAUGCGGUGAUCCAGUGCAGAGUCAUGGCUAACAACAUCGCUUAUCAGAACUUCUACGAUCCCUAUGAAGGAAAAGUCAUCUUUCAUUUAAACGCUUUCAGUUAA